AUGGCGACGGACAAGAUCUUCCCUCACCACCACAGCUACGAGCCCGUUCCCAACACGGAGAACAGCGGCGAUGGCACCACUACCAUCAUCAAUCACGGCUCGCGCCGCCGUUACUCCGUCCAACAAUUCCUCAAGCGGAAUCUGACGGCCAUCACGAUCUCGGGCCUGAUUUUGGUCCUGGUUCUGCUCGUGCUCGCCGUCAUUGCCGCCAUCACCAUCGAGCCGUUCCGCCAGGUGCUCGUGGUGAAGCUCUCGUCAUCCUCGCCGACCAUCAACGGCCAGCGCCAGUGCUUCUCCACGAACCGCCACACCACGCUCGCCUGUGGCAACUCCACCACCGAGGCCACGGCGAUGGGCUGCUCAUACGAUCCUUUGUCGGCAUGCUGGCUGCACAAGGACUGCCCCCACGACUACUCCGAGGACUUUGCGACCUUCAACGACGGCAAGCCCUUCAAGUACUACUACGACCAUGAGAUGCAGCACCCGAUGAAGGACUACACGGAGGUGGGGAACAACGAGCAGGGGUACUAUUUCACGGUGACCCGCGAGCAUCUGGUGCACUGUCUCUAUUUGCUUCGGCGCGGUCAUGACGUUUACAAACGGGGGGAUCGGGUAGAUACCAUGCUGGCGGAUUCGGGCCAUGUGGCCCACUGCGCCAACUUCCUGGCGGACUACCUGCGGCGGCCGGAUCCGUAUCUGGACUCGUUGGGGACGCAGGGGCAGACCAAUUGCUUUAUGUCGUGUAGUUAG